AUGAGUAUAUUCAUGAGGAAGAAUUAUGGGCUUUUUCCUGUGAAGGGAGGUUUGAAUAAACUUUUCUUUAGAAAUUGGCAAGUACCGCGGAAUCAUAUCUCAUCGAGAAGCUUUUCAAGCGUGUUACAAAAAAAUGAGUUGGGUAGUACGAGAAGUCGGCCAUUUGUCAUUGCUUCAAGGAUUCUUCAGUCUGAAAAUCAAUCUAAAAUAUACCGGAUGCAACCGAUUCGAAAAAAUUCCACGAAAACAGCAGAUCAGUAUACUCUGCAGGAACAAUAUGAUGAAUCAGGGAAACCAUAUAUAAUACACAUGGGCGACUCGGCAAAGCAACAAUUAGAAAAAGUAGCAGCUCAAAAACAAAAAGAUACUGCUCUACGCGUGGUUGUCGAUGGCGGUGGAUGCCAUGGAUAUCAGAUUUCCUUUAACAUGGAUGAUCAAAUAGGAAAAGAAGACAGUGUGUUUGUUCGAGGAAAAGCUAGAAUUGUCUCGGACAGUAUCUCAUUACCGUUAAUUAAUGGUUCUGAGAUUGUUUAUACAAAAGAAUUGAUUGGAUCUUCGUUUCAAUUAGUUAAUAAUCCUCGUGCAAAAUCAUCGUGUGGUUGUAAUGUGAGUUUCGAUUUGAAUUAA